AUGGCGGCAUCCAGCGCUGCACAGGCAGCAAAAGAGAUCAUUCGACGAGUUUGUAUUCCAACUACAUUCAACGGUUUACUUAGAAAGGCGAAUGUCAUAUCAGCCAAGCCAGGUGAACUUUGCUGUGAGAUGGAAGUCGAAAGCAUUCAUGCUAAUAGAUAUGAUGCAUUGCAUGGGGGAAUGACAUCUACUAUGAUUGAUACGUUAUCAACAAUUGCUGUGCUGGUUCAUCAUAAAGAAUUUAUAAGUCCUGUCAGCACUGAUCUAAAUGUAUCGUUUUUGAAAGGAGCUUCGAUUGGAGAGAAGUUGUUUAUUAAUGCCAAGAUUUUGAAAUCAGGGAAAUCGUUUAUGUUUAUAACAGUUGAUAUUAAGAACGAUUCUGGGAUUUUAAUAGCACAAGGAAGACAUACAAUGGCUAGUGCUCCUUCAAACAAAGCCUGUGUGUAA